AUGAACGUAAGUACCAGUGCCUUAGGAGUAAGAAGAAGAAAAGCCACCACACAACAAUUAGAUGAUGAAGAAAAUGCUGCCACAUUAAAAUUAGGACCAGAAUUUCAAUUAAACCAAAUAACAAAUAGUGGUAAAACUGAACAAUUAAUAGCAUUAAAUACCAGUGAAGCUAGAUUAUUGAUUAGAGCAGCAUUAAAGGAAAGAAAGAAUAAAGGUAAACCAAGAAAUGAAUUUGAAGAAGAUGAAGACGAAAAAGAAGAUGAAAUAUCAAAUAUGGAUUUAGCUGGACCUAAUUCAAAUGAAAUAAUUCAUAAAUCAUUAAAUUAUUUAAUGAAUUUUGCCAGAUUUAAAAAUCCUUCAUCAACUGAAACUGUAGAGAGAUUAUUAAAUGAUUUCAGCUCCUCAGCUUCUGAACCUUUACAUCCUUUCGAAUUAUCUCAAUUAGGUACUUUAGAAUGUGAAGAUGCUGAAGAAGCUAAAUCUUUAAUACCAAGUUUAGCUUCUAAAGUUACUGAUGCUCAAUUGCAGACUUUAUUAAAUGAAUUAAGAAGAUAUCAAACUUUAUCUUAG